GUGACCAGUCACCACCCAAGUAUUAAAACCCACUUCAAUUUGAGUUGAGCUCACAGAUAAAGUUGUGAUAAACCUCUUGUUUUGAAAAACAGAGAAUUCUGAAAAACCUCAUCGAAUGGCAACUUCUUCUCUUUGUUUAACACAAAUUUGCUCAUUCAAGUCCUCAAACAAACCAGGAGUGUUGAUUGGAAAUUUGGGAGGGAGUAAGGUUCUUCGGGUGAAUGAAGCAUUUCAGAACUCAAAAUCGGCAAAGACUCAAUCUUGGGAGAUCAAGGCUACAGAUGGUAAACCAACCACCAAAGUAAAUAGCAUAGUCUGUAGUGAUUGUGAGGGAAAUGGUGCUAAAGCUUGUUCUCAGUGCAAAGGUACUGGAGUCAAUUCUGAAGACCACUUCAAUGGACAAUUCAAAGCCGGUGGUCUAUGUUGGCUUUGCAGGGAGUUUGAUUCAUUAGUUGAUAGAGAAGGCUUGAGGUUGCAGUUUCUUUGUGAGUAGUGGAGCUAGCUGGUACUGCUGGAAUAGUCUUUCGCUUUAUUGGGCAUGGACAUGAAGCUUGGAGGGAUGGUUUUGGUUGUAGAGGAGUUUGUAGGGGGGAUGCCCUUGGGGCAUUUCUUGGGUCGUUGUUGGAGGUGGUCAGGAAAGAAGCAGGUAAACCUACUUAGUUUCAACCACUAUAUCGAAAUCUUAAAUAUUUAUUGAGUGUUUUAAAACAAAUGAUCGAAAAGAUACAAGAAGAUAACAAUAAAUUAGGUCUAAAGAACAAGAAGAUUGUGUAUAUCUUGGACGAAAUCAACAAAGGGAAAGAACUUAUUCAUAAGAUGUUAGUUGAAGGUCGGUGUUCACCAUUCAAUCAGUACCUGAAGACCCUUUUGAAUAUACUAAUUGUUAGGGAAGUGGGUGACAGAAUGUAUUAUUUAUAGCCCGGGAACACCAAAAAGAGCUUGUUAAUGUCAAGAUAAUUAUAGAUGACUUAUCAACUGUUACAACAGAGAGCAAGUCAACUCUGAAUGAGAUAAAACAACAACAAAAAGAUGAUACAAGUGCAACAUUGAAAGUCACAAGAGAUAAUAACGUUGCUCUAAAUGAGAUACGUCUGACAUAGCAGCAUUAAAUUGUGUAAAUGGCUAAGUUGGCAGAGGAUGUCAAAUCUGUGAUGAAGCAAAUGAAAUGUUGUGUGUUAUAUUAGUAAAGGUGAGUGUUCGGUCUAAAAUAUAUGACCGGACUGUUUAGUAUUUUUCUUGAUGUGAAUUUUAAAAAUUUAAGCAUUUUUCUGUAGGAGUUUCUAGUAAUAAGAAAAAUAGACGAAUUUUCAAAAGUUAAAAAGAAAGGAAGAGCAUUAACUCAAAUAUCAAACUUGCAUGUUUUCAGCCAAGUUAAUGUGGAAGAGUUCGCAAAAAAUUUUAAUCUAGAGCUUCGAUGUGGAAUUUCGAGUGUUAUGUACAAUGGAUAACACUUGAAAUGUUUAAAAAUUCUACAUCGAAGUUCUGGAUUAAGAUUCUUUGUGAACUCCUCCACAUCAGUUUUGCUGAAAACAUACAAGUUUGAUAUUUGAGAGUUAAUGCUCUUCCUUUCUUUUUAGUUUUGAAAAUUCGUCUCUUUUUCUUAUUGCCGAAAAUUCUUACCGAAAAAAUGUUUAAAUUCUUAAAAUUAACAUUAAGAAAAAUACUAAACAGCUCGGUCAUAUAUUUUAAACUGGACACUCACAUUUAUUAGUAUAACACACAACAUUUUAUUUGUUUCAUCACGGAUUUAACAUCUUCUGUCAACUUAGCAAUUUCCACAAUAUGAUGCUGCUGUGUCAAACGUAUCUCAUUUAGAGCAGCGUUGUUAUCUCUUGUGACUUUCAAUGUUGUACUUGCAUCAUCCUUCGUUGCUGCUUUAUGUCAUUCAGAGUUGACUUGCUCUCUGUUGUAACAGUCGAUAAGUCAUCUAUAAUUAUCUUGACACUAGCAAAUUCUUUUUGGUGUUCCCGGGUCAAAAAUAAUACAUUCUUUCUGUCACACAUUCCCCCAACAAUUAGUAUAUUCAAAAUGGUCUUCAUGUGCUGAUUGACUUUGAUCAGUGUAGCAACAAUGUUAUGAAUGGUGAACACUGAUCUUCGACUGAUAUCUUAUGAAUAAGCUCUUUAUCUUUGUUGAUUUCGCCCAACAUAAACACAAUCUUCUCGUCUUUUAGACCUAAUUUCUUGUAUCUUUUCGGUUUGUUUUAAAACACUCAAUGAAUAUUCAAGAUUUCCGUAUAGUGGUUGAAACUGACUAGGUUUUUACCACCCACAAAGACAUUUUCACCGGAAGUCUCGAGCUCUUCCCCUACUUUUACUUCGUAAGCAAACAAAUGUCCACAAAAAGUGAAAGUAAUUAUGCAGACUGAGUGGACAUCCAUAAUUUCAUUUACUAGAUAUUCUAUUAAACCCCAAAAAUAGUGAAAUUCAUCACUUUG